AUGCAUCUUAUGUGGCAGCAGCAGACAGAUCCAUCUCGCGUCAUCUGGCUACAGGAGAAGAACUCGAGCGACUAUUCCAGUACACUUCUGGCAGGUGGCUGUCAGUUACACAUUUUGUCCACCUGCUCUGGACUCACAAAUCUGCACAGAUACAAUGAAGAGAAGCGGUUUGAGGAACGCAAGCGUCUCUUUAACGUGUUCGAGCUGAAGACGCUGGCCGCGAAUGCCAUUCACCGAGAUGUCAAAGACAUUGUCUACUUCGACAAGCUUGGAGAAGGAGCUGCGAACCGAGCUUUCCUCAUUCGCAUGCGAGACGGCUUUUCCCUUGUGGCUCGCAUACCAUAUGCCUUCAUCAAACCUCGUGAUAUGCUAGUCGCCAGCGAGGCAGCAACGUUGACCUUCCUCCAUUCUAAGGGACUGCCUGUGCCGAAGGUCUACGGCUACUCGGCGACAAGCGACAAUGCUGCCGGUGUUGAAUAUAUCUUCAUGGAACACAGUGUUGGCCAAGACCUCUCUUCCAUCUGGUUUGACACGACUUCUGAGCAGCGACGUCAAUUUGUCAAGAGUCUCGUUGACCUGGAGUGCCGUAUGGGCGCCAUGGCAUUCCCUGCCAGCGGGAGCUUGUUCUUCAGACGGGACCUUCCUGCUGGUACCUCUGGCAUUGCGAUAGAUUCGAAUGUCGAGGAGACUUCAGGUCCGCUUGUGGUUGGGCCCAGUGUCGCUCAACCAUUGUGGUUUGGGAAGCGGGCCGACCUCUCGAUCGAUCGUGGACCAUUCAGAAAAGCGAAGCAAGUUCUGGAAAGCGGCGCUAGAAAAGAGCUCGAGUACUUGCGGAAAUAUGGUCGUCCACUGCUGCCAUUCGAUCGUAUACGCAGAGAAACUUUCGAUCUCGAGCGACAGUUACCGGAGACUCACGCCGACAGCCUCGAGAAGUAUCUGAGUAUCAUCGACUAUAUCCUAUUGAACGGGGAUAAAGAUUUGUUGCUGCCCACAUUGAGGCACCCGGAUCUACGACCCGCCAACAUCUUUGUUUCUCGCGAUUUCACGAUCACAUCGAUCAUCGACUGGCAGCAUAGCGUCAUUCUUCCAGCGCUGUUGAACGCAGGCAUGCCAGACGACCUCAACAACUCUCGCGACCUAGUCUCACAAGAUCUUGAAACGCCGCGACUCCCCACGAACAUGGAAAGCAUGACAGAAGACGAGCAAGCCGAACAGCUGGCAAUCUUUCGCGAACGCGAACUUCACCACGAAUACGUCACACGCACUGCUGAGAAGAACCCAGAUCAUUUGAAUGCACUGAGAUACCCCUACUCGACUGGCCGGCGCAAGCUCUUCCAUCUGGCCAGCGCCCCUUGGCAAGGAGACAACAUCCCACUACGAUCAACUCUCAUCUUCUUCAAACAGCGUUGGGACAAGUUUUCGACAAAUCCAGACGUCCCAUGUCCAAUCCUCUUCUCCGAAGCCGAGGAGGAAAAAUGCAUGCGUUUGGACGAUUCAGAACGUGAAGCUGAGGAGCAAAUGAGAGAUACGAAAGAAAUGCUCGGCGUUGGACCGGAAGGCUGGGUACCCAAUAAUCAUUACGAAGCGGCCAAGGAGGCUGUGGGGGAGAUGAAGAAGCUUGCGCUUGAGCGCGCGGAGACGGAAAUAGACAGGAUUGCGGUGAGUGAGCAUUGGGUGUUCGAUGAUAUGGAUGAGGAUGAGUACCUCUGAGCAAGGGCCUUCGAUGGGAGGGAUACCUUUGUGGCCUGGAGCAGGGC